AAGGCAAAAGGCAAGUUUGGGCAGUAGUCCGGCAGGAAGGAACGAUGUUGGGUCGUCGUUUAUCUCGUAAAAUCCGAUAGUGAUUGAAAACGCGAUGUCCGUACUCGAGCGGUGUUUCUUUCGUUCUUCGAUUCUCUUCGUCGGUCUAUUUGUAUUAGUUAGUCCUGAAGAAACCACGAAACCAUGGUACGAAACGUUGCCUACUGUGUCAAUGGACUACAAAGUUCACAUAGACGCCGGUAAAGAGGACUGUUAUUUUCAAUACGUCAAUCCCGGAGCAACGUUCUACGUGAGCUUUCAGGUAUUGAGAGGUGGUGACGGAAAAGCUGGUUUCGCGGUUAGAAACCCGGAAAAUCAGCUCGUACAUCCCUAUCAAUGGCAAGUUAGCGCCGAUUAUCAGGACACGUCCUCUGCAGGCGGUUACUACAGCAUUUGCGUGGAUAAUCAGUUUUCCAGAUUCGCCGCCAAACUCGUAAAUCUUUACAUAACAGUGAUAAGAUACGACGAAUGGGACAAAUUCUCUAAGGAACUGGAAGAACUGGAUCUUUCGGUGGAGAACUUUACGAGUUCAAUAGUGGCGGUGGAGAAAAACAUCAACGAAAUAAUGCAGUACCAGUACAUAAGCAGAAGUCGCGAAACUCGGGAUUACAAUUUACUGGUUGACAACAAUUCUUACAUCCAACAGUGGUCAAUAGUUCAACUAGCAGUGAUUGCAGCGACUACGAUGCUCCAAGUUUAUUUUGUCAAAAGAUUAUUUGAUGUUAAACCCUCGACGUAUGCCAAAGUUCGAAUUUGAUGGGAGCCUCGAGCUCUCGGAAUCGUCACUUUUUUUCAAGGAAAACGUGGCGAUGGCGCACUGUUUGGCUCCCGAAAUUUAGUGCGCUACUUUGAAUUUUUUUAACGAGAGCACCGAUGACGACGAUACUCGAAAGUCAGUUAAAUCACUGUUGACUUUUUCACAACCCAAAUCUCGUAAAAAUACUACGAAUUAUACGAAUUAAUUUAAUCGUGAAUAAGACCAUUACGACACUUCUUGCGCUCCAUCACUGCAUUAUUUUCUUUUCAUUUUUUAUAACUUUUGAUCUUUUCUAAGAGGAUUUUGAUGAUUCACACAAAAAUAAGACUGUCGCUGGUAAUUACGACGCAUUUUUUCGUACACUUGCAACCGACUGAUAACCGAAACACUCUGGAUCACUUGAUAAAAAGUAAAUCGUUUUUAUAACAUUACACGGAAUAUUACGGUUCCCUGUCAGUAACGCACUGAAUAAAUUGCAGCCUGAAAAACGUCACUUUAAUUUAUUUUUCCAAUUUGGCUGUUUCUUACCAGAAAAAAUCCUUUUUCCAUCCGAAAACGGAGUGUAACUUUCAUUUUAGAAAUUAUUAUUGUUAUUAAAGGAAUGUGGAAUUAGGUUGAGACACAAAAUUCCAUAAUUUAUGUUCCAUAAAAUACUCGUAGCGGGGAUGUUAAAUACUGUGAUACAAGUGAAAUCCCAGUAGUCAUUCCAUUGUUCUAAGUCUAUAUCAAGUUCCGCGUAAAAUAUGCUAAUACGAUAAUUAUUUAAUUUUCGUUUAAAAAAUUUGACCGAGGACCGCGGUAAUUUGUUUCGAAGGAUUUUCCAAGCAAUUGCUCGCUGCAUGAAUUUCACUAUGCUAAUUAUAGUAAAUUUGCGUAACCUUCGAAAUACCUCGCGCUUCCCAACGAGUAUAAUUUGCCCUACUCCAGACGGAGGCAGUUUCAAACGAUUCUCAGUAUUUACGAGUCUUACGAAAAAAAAAACUUGAUUUGUGCGAUUCAUUACAAAUGUUCUUAGAUUUGUGAAUUGGAAGCCUGUUUCGCACGAGACAAUGCUUUUGUUGUCGGAAACGGGGUUGGGAGAGAAAAAAGUACAGCAAUGGAACGCUAAAGGAUGUUACGCAAGUCGUGAUCUCGCUAUGGAUGCGUUUUAGAACCGAGACGUAAACGAAAGAAUCUUUGUCACUAUAAAUUAUUAUCGGCCUUAUCGGUCGAGCAGAAGCUGAACAUACAUAAACAUAAAUUCCGAAUAUUCUUCGCAACACUCGGAGCCCCACAUCCGAGAUAGGAAAACGUGCGGUUUGCACCAGGAAUACCGUGGUACGCAGUCAGCGUGACGUCACUGUACCGAAAACUGUCUAUCGGGGAUUGAGAGCCUACGAUCUGUCGUAGAUUGGAACAUUAUUAUCAUAUAAUUUUGUUAAACGCAUAAAAUUUAUAUUUUAUAACAAUGAUACAAUACAGAAUAAAAUGAGUUUUAAAUAA